AUGGGGCUAGCCACCACGGCUCCCACCCGACCCAAGGAAGCCACGACCACCCCUGCUGCCGCCUGCAGCCGUGUGGCUGCCCCGGUGGCGCUGGCCACCUGCGUGGUCACACUUGCUCUGGGAGUGCUUCUGGCCUUGCUCUCUGCUCAGGGCGUCCGCGUGGAGCACACGGCCGAGCUGCGUGGCCUGCGCUUCGCCAGCAGCCUGUGGCAUGAGACCUCGGCCUAUUCCCGGGCGCUCACGCCCGUGCUGCAGGCACUGUUUGUCAGCAGCUUUCGGAAGACAGAAUUAGAGGAGAGCUGUGUGGGCUGCACCGUGCUGGGUUACGGGGAUGGGAACUCGAGCGUCCUGGUCCACUUCCAGUUGCACUUCCUGCUGCGGGCACUCUGGCCACUGAGCCUGGGCCUGGAGGAGCAGCUUCUGCAGCGGGGCGUGCGGGCCCAGCUGCGGGAGCAUGGCAUCCCCCUGUCCCCCUACGGCACCAUCUUAUCGGCCGAGCUCACCGGGCGCCCAGGGGGCGUGUGGACCGAGAACGACUUGAAGUCAGGCCGCUGUCCCGGGAGCUCCUUCUCCUGCCGCAAUAGCCAGUGCGUGGCCAAGGUGAACCCCGAGUGCGACGACCGCGUGGACUGCUCAGACGGCUCGGACGAGGCGCACUGUGAGUGUGGCCGGCGGCCAGCCUGGAGGACGGCCGGCCGCAUCGUGGGUGGCGAGCAGGCGGCCCCGGGCGAGUUCCCCUGGCAGGUCAGCCUGCGCGAGAGCAAGGAGCACUUCUGUGGGGCUGCCGUGCUGGGCGCGCGCUGGCUGCUGUCCGCUGCCCACUGCUUCAACGAGUUCCAGGACCCCCGUGAGUGGGUGGCGCAUGCGGGCUGCACCUCGCUCAGCGGCUGGGAGCCCAGCACCGUGCGCGCCCGCGUGGCCCGCAUCAUCCGGCACCCUGGUUACAACCCGGACACGGCUGAUUUUGACGUGGCCCUGCUGGAGCUGGCCCGGCCGCUGCCCCUGGGCCGCUAUGUGCAGCCCGCAUGCCUGCCGGCCGCCUCCCAUGUCUUCCCGCCUGGCAGAAAAUGCCUCAUCUCCGGCUGGGGCUACCUGAAGGAGGACUUCUUGGUGAAGCCCGAGCUGCUGCAGAAGGCCGCGGUGGAGCUGCUGGACCAGGGUCUGUGCGCCGGCCUCUAUGGCCCCGCGCUCACCGACCGCAUGCUGUGUGCCGGCUACCUGGAUGGCAAGGUCGACUCGUGUCAGGGGGACUCGGGGGGCCCACUGGUGUGUGAGGAGCCCUCGGGCCGGUUCUUCCUGGCGGGCAUCGUGAGCUGGGGCAUAGGCUGUGCGGAGGCCCGGCGCCCGGGGGUCUAUGCCCGCAUCACCAGGCUACGUGACUGGAUCAUGGAGGUGAUGACCUCGGGCAGCCUGCGCCCACCACCCAGCGCCCUCCAGAGCCCGACGGUGGACAGGCCCAGGCCAGCCCCCAGUGCAGCACCCCCAGGCCCAGUUGGCACCCCUAAGCCACCAGGUACCUUGCUGGCAGGCGGGUGUGCAGGGCUCAGAUGGUUGAGCAUGUCUGUUAGCAGGACAUGCGGGGCCAGGCCGGCCAUGGAGAAGCCCACCCGCAUCGUGGGUGGGCUGGUGGCGGCGCCCGGGGAGGUGCCCUGGCAGGCCAGCCUGAAGGAGGGCUCACGGCACUUCUGCGGUGCCACCGUGGUGGGCGACCGCUGGCUGCUGUCUGCAGCACACUGCUUCAACCACACCAGGGUGGAGCAGGUGCGCGCCCACCUGGGCUCGGCGUCCCUGCUGGGCGUGGGCGGCAGCCCCGUGAAGGUGGCACUGCGUCGCGUGGUGCCGCACCCCCAGUACGACCCGCGACUGCUGGACUUUGACCUGGCUCUGCUGGAGCUGGUGCGGCCCCUGGCCUUCAACCCGCACGUGCAGCCCGUGUGCCUGCCGCUGGCCAUCCACGACUUCCCCGUGGGCCGCAAGUGCGUCAUCUCGGGCUGGGGCAACACGCAGGAGGGCAACGCCAGCAAGCCGGACGCGCUCCAGCGCGCGUGGGUGGGCAUCGUGGACCAGAAGACGUGCAGCGCACUCUAUAAUUUCUCCCUCACUGACCGCAUGCUGUGCGCCGGCUUCCUGGAGGGUCGUGUGGACUCCUGCCAGGGGGACUCAGGGGGUCCACUGGCCUGCGAGGAGACACCUGGUGUGUUCUAUCUGGCCGGCAUCGUGAGCUGGGGCAUCGGCUGUGCGCAGGCCAAGAAGCCAGGCGUCUACACCCGCGUCACGCGGCUCAAGGGCUGGAUCCUGGAGACCAUGGUCUCCCCGCAGGCCACCCCCAGCCCCCCGACACCGGCCCCCAGCACCAGCCCACCCCGCGCUGAGGUCACCAGCCACCCUGUCCCAGCCACCACGACUGCUGGGAGCACCCCAGGCUGGGCGCAGACGCCCCCUCCAGGCCCCCCAAAGACCACGCACCCCCAGCUGCCAGACUGCGGCCUGGCCCCGGCGGCCCCGCUGAGCAGGAUCGUGGGCGGCAGCGCGGCGGGGCGCGGCGAAUGGCCUUGGCAGGCGAGCCUGUGGCUGCGGCGCCGGGAGCACCGCUGCGGGGCCGUGCUGGUGGCUGACCGCUGGCUGCUGUCCGCUGCCCACUGCUUCGACGGCUAUGGGGACCCCAAGCAGUGGGCGGCAUUCCUGGGCACCCCGUUCCUGGGCAGCGCUGAGGGCCAGUUGGGGCACGUGGCGCGCAUCUACAAGCACCCCUUCUACAACCUUUACACGCUCGACUACGACGUGGCGCUGCUGGAGCUUGCCACGCCUGUGCGCCGCAGCCGCCUGGUGCGCCCCAUCUGCCUGCCGGGGCCCGCGCCGGGAACCCCCGACGGUGCACGCUGCGUCAUCACAGGAUGGGGCUCGGUGCGCGAGGGAGGCUCCAUGGCGCGGCAGCUGCAGCAAGCGGCCGUGCGUGUCCUGAGCGAGCGCAGCUGCCGUCGCUUCUACCCGGUGCAGAUCAGCAGCCGCAUGCUGUGCGCCGGCAGCCCGCAGGGCGGUGUGGACAGCUGCUCGGGUGACGCCGGGGGUCCGCUGGCCUGCAGGGAGCCCUCUGGCCGGUGGGUGCUGACUGGGGUCACCAGCUGGGGCUAUGGCUGUGGCCGACCGCACUUCCCUGGAGUCUACACCCGCGUGGCGGCUGUGAGGGGCUGGAUCGGGCAGAACAUCCAGGACUGA